AUGGUUCGUGAGUUGAGAGAGAGCAGUGCGAGACUGAAAGCUGUGGGGCAGGACCCCCUGCCUGGUGCGCUGCGAUUGGCCGAGGCUGCCAAAGCUCAGGUUCGGGAUAAGGCUCGGAGUAAGGGGGGUCGCGUUAGGAAUGGAGGCUUGCGCGAAGGAAGGAAGGAGAGGGUGGAUUUGGAACAGGUGAGGAGGGAGGAGGAGGAGGAGGAGGAGGAGGAGGAGGAGGAGGAGGAGGAGGAGGAGGAGGAGGAGGAGGAGGAGGAGGGUGGGGAUGAGAGGAGGGUGAGUAAAGCGGAUGGGAGAGAGGAGGAUGGAGAGGGAAGUGGGGGUGGAAGGAGGAGGAGGAUGUUGGACCCUCAACCAACUGCACGCAUUCUAGAGUGGUCUGAUGAUGACGGGGGGGAGUUGGAGGAAACGCCAGAGCCAGCUCAACCCCAAGGCCCCAACGACCGGCAUGGCCGGACCAGCAUGCCCGCCUCAGUGCACCUACGCACGCCCUCCGCCCCCCGCCUCUCCCCUCUCAACCUGCAUGGUGGCGCUGCUGCUAGGGGGGGUUCGGGGCAGGGUGUGAGGCGGGGAGGAACUGUGACCCCGACCAGGAAGCUGCGGAGGCGAAAGCGGCCGUUCAGUGCAGAGGAGACAGACACACUCAAGAUUGGCGUCAUGAGGUGA